AACCUAAUAUUAUAAGAGAAGUCAAACGGAAAGAACUUUACUUUUAGAAGUGGGCCAAAUUCAAUGGCUGGAGAUGGCCUUCUUCACGCAGAAUUUUGCAACUUCAUCAUAGAGCCAUUCCUUUUUUCACUAGUUUACAAAUUCUUUGAAAUCAUCUUUUCGCGGUUUUACGGUCACUAUCCCUUCACACACACCUUGCUUCCAUUCGUGUCAUUUCAUCGCCUAAGCUGAUAAAAAACUAUAAGUACCCCCUAUUCCCAUUAAUUAAAUCACUGAGCAACUCAGAUCUUUUGAAGCGUAGAGACGGACUUCUGCAUAUGGGAUUUUGAGUUUUUCGGCUUUGCUAAAUUGGGUUUUCAGCUUCUUCUUUUUUUUUUUUUUUGAGUCAUUUGGGAAUUUUUUUUCUUCCAUUUUAGUAGUUUUUAGAGAUGACUGGACGGAUGAUAAGUUCAAGGGAAUUUUGGACAAAAAAGACACUGAUAGGACUUGGGUUAGGCCAGUUUCUGUCUCUUCUCAUAACUUCCACGGGAUUCACGUCCUCUGAGCUUGCCAGCAAGAAUAUUAACGCUCCAACUUCACAGUCCUUUCUUAAUUAUGUCAUGUUGGCUAUUUUCUAUGGAAGUAUCAUGCUUUACAGAAAGCAAGCACUAAAGGCAAAAUGGUACUAUUAUAUUCUCCUUGGAUUGGUAGAUGUGGAGGCUAAUUUUCUUGUGGUGAAGGCCUAUCAGUACACAUCUAUAACAAGCAUCAUGCUGCUUGAUUGUUGGUCCAUCCCUUCUGUCAUGCUUCUUACCUGGAUUUUCUUGAAAACUAAGUAUAGAUAUAAAAAGGUAGCUGGUGUGGUUGUUUGUAUUGCUGGCCUUGUCAUGGUUGUUUUUUCAGAUGUUCAUAGAUCUGACCGAGCAGCAGGAGGUAGCAACCCACGUAAAGGGGAUUUUCUUGUUAUAGCUGGAUCAACAUUAUAUGCAGUUAGUAAUGUUAGUGAGGAGUUUCUUGUUAAAAAUGCUGAUAGAGUUGAACUCAUGUCAUUUUUGGGCCUCUUUGGUGCUAUUAUCAGUGCAAUACAAAUAAGCAUACUUGAACGCAGUGAGCUCAAAAGUAUUCACUGGUCAGCUGGUGCUGCACUUCCUUUCGUUGGAUUUUCAGUCGCUAUGUUUCUCUUUUACUCGUUAGUGCCGGUGUUACUCAAGAUGAAUGGUUCCACAAUGUUGAACCUCUCUUUGCUGACCUCAGAUAUGUGGGCAGUCCUCAUCCGUAUUUUUGCUUACCACCAGAAGGUGGACUGGAUGUAUUUUGUGGCCUUCGCUGCUGUUACUCUUGGACUUAUUAUUUAUUCAGGGGGUGAAAAGGAAGAGGAUCAACGCCGAGAUGAAGUUGCUGAUGGAGAGUCUGAGCAAAGCAAACAUUUUGAUGAAGAGACUGGUUCCAGAAACCUUAAUCGAGGAACUACUGCUGGAAGCUCAAAACUGGGAGAUACUAGCAAGCAUGGUUCUACCAGUAGCAUUUGGGGAAGGGAAGAUGUUGAGAACAGAAGCCUUGGAAAAGGUACACCAGGGAAGCUAUCAUGAUUUGGUUUUUUCCUCCUAGGAAUAGUAAGGAACCGCACAACACUUACAUGACACAAAGAACCUAGGAGUUCAUUAUUUGAAAAGAAAACCACAUUUGAAUAAAUGGUUGCAGCCACAAAGGGAAUUGUGAGGUAGUAAUUGUGGUUUUGAUUUGGUGCUUUAGCCUCGACAUAUAUUAGAGCUUUUCAGAAUUACUGAAAUGUUUUCUUAAUUCUUCUUGCUUUGAGCACGGGUGCUCCUAGCGACUGCAAUUUGACACUC